UCUCCGGCUUUCUCCCCCCACCGCCUGCGCCACUUCAAUCGCCGCCUCCUCCCGCCUCCCACCACCGCGCCGCCGUCGGGAUUCGAGUGCGGCGAGGCUUCCGAAAUCGAUGGUGGGUUGAUCCCGCCGCGCCGCCUCGUACCGACUGCAUGCGAGUUCCGCACUCCCGAGCUCGAGCACGUCGGAGAUUCCCGUGCUCUCCCGUUGUGGUGUAAAUUGAGGAGGAUUGGGACUUGACGAGUUGUCUCGUUCUCCUUCUUCCCCGCGGCUGCCGGCGCCUGGAGCUCCGGCGUGUCCACGGGUGCAUUCGCCUCUUCUCUUUCCCCUGUUCGAUUUGGUGGCGCUACAUUCAGCGACGGAUUCCCCAUCUUUCCUCGCGUCUCCGCUGAUUUCCCCCCCGCCCACGCAGCACCUGCCACCUGUUCGACGGAAUGUCCAAGAAGGCCACGGCAGGCGGCAAGGAUCGCUUCGGCGACCUCACCGACGACCUCCUCCGGCAUGUGCUGUCAUUUCUUCCGCUGGAAGAUGCCCUGCAGACCUGCGUGCUAGACACCAGGUGGCGCAACCAUUGGAGGCACACUGCCACCCAGGAUUUCAUCGUUGACAACAGGUCAAGUUCCCUGAGCUGCGAGCGUCUCAAACAGUUGGUGAAGCUAUUCAUCCACCUCCGUGGAAGCUCACCUCUCGACGAGUGCAACAUCGAUGUCUGUCGCGAUGAUGAUGAGAAGGGCACAUACAGAAACACCGAGCUUUUGAUCGCGUAUGCUCUAGAGUGCCAAGUUAGGGAACUCCUAGUCACUGUUGAUUACUUCGGGGAGGGUCAACGGAAGCUCCACAAGCCUCUCAUCUCUCAGCACUUAAAGACCAUACACCUCGAAUGGGUUAAGCUACAAUGCUCUGCUCUGAAUUUCUCGCGCUGCCCGGUAUUAGAGGAUCUAAAGAUGCGACAUUGCAUAAUUUAUGCACACCGGAUAUCAUCCAAAUCGCUGAAGCGUCUGUGCAUUACCGGCUCUUGUUGCUUCGCUGAGGAUGUCCACACUCGGAUUUUUGCUCCCAACCUUAUCUCACUGCAACUUGAUGGGUUUGAUGGCUUUCCUCCUUUCAUCGAGUACAUGCCAUUCUUGGUAGCAGCUUAUGUUGGGCUUCAUGAUAACUGCUUCGAUUUCUGUCGCGAGAGUGAUGAGUGUGGUUGUUAUGAUUGUCCUGUUUCCGAGGGUGUUCUCAAUGGGUUGACCAAUGCUGUCAAUUUGGAGUUUGUAUCUGAAAAUGGAAUGUUUAGCCACUUGUGGUGUUCAGAAUGGUUCCCCAUAUUUGACAAACUAAAGACUCUGUUACUCAAUGAGUGUUUUAUGGCUAGUGAUCUAGUUUGCAUUCUCAAACACACUCCAAUCCUUGAGGUGCUCACUCUUCAGCUUGGUAAACCUAAGAUACUCAUUAGAGUAACAGAGUCCCAAGAAACGGUGGAACAAUCAUUUGUGUGUGCACACCUUGAGCUUGUCAACAUUGAAUGUAGAAAGGUUGAUGAGAGGAUUCGCAAUAUUUUGAAGAUCUUGAGUACAUGUGGCAUACCUCGUGGGAAAAUUAGCAUCAAGGACCUAUUUUCUUGCUCAAAUCGCUUUAGUUUUCAGAAGGCUCGGCAGUCGCAGCUUCCCUCUACUGCGGCACCAGUCGCUGCAGUUUCUACCAUUGAUGGCACCUGAGAUGCGUCCCCCCUUGUGACAUUGGUCUAAAGCCUUCUAUGUUUGUCCGAAUAAGUCUACAAUGGUGGUCCUGUUGUCUGUUAUCGCCGCAUUUGGUUUCCAGCUUCCUAUCUUCUAGAAACGUGCUGAAAAUCCGGGUCGAUUGGUUGUUUGGUGGUGACUCAUUAUAAUGGUUUCCAGUGGGUUGAA